AUGUCGAGAGUGCUCCGGUUCGAAAGAUCCGACGAACCGGGCUUUGUCUUAGUACAAGUCUCACGCAAUGGUCCUGCGCCACUGGAUCUAACACUCACUGCGACGGAGGGGGAGGCGCCCUAUGUGAGCUUGGUGAAACAGGCCCGCCUGAAAGACCUUCGAGCAAAAAGUUACCAAGGCUCCGAAGAUGAAUGGCGUCAAAUCCUGACCUUUUUCUUGGGUCAGUCUGCACAGUCAGAGACUCCGGAAUGUGUCACAGGACUGGAGGCUUCAGCAACCAUAUCCAACUCGGAUCAAGACAAAACCCUGAACAUUACCAUACGCAAGCGCGUGCAGACUAUCACGCAACGGAUUGGGACACUGAAGCUGCAACAAAAUGACGAACAGUCCAUCGAACUCUUGGAUUGGGCCGGCGUUUCCACGGCUCGAGCCGAUGAGCUUCAACUUCAAGUGUCCAGCCUGGCGAGUCGGUACAGUCGGGCGGAAGAUACCAUCCGUGACUUGAGCCAACAGCUAGAGGAGCUGAUGCAGGCAAAAGCCCAGCAUGAAACCCAACUGGUGGCGAAUUUUGUGCAAAUUCUCAAUGAAAAAAAGCUGAAGGUCCGGAACCAACAGCGCCUGUUAGCGGCGGCAACAGUGAAUCCAUCGAGAAUGUCCGAGAUACAAGCUCACAUCCCUGCAGAGCCACCUGCAACCACUGGAAGAUCUUACCAGGCAAAGAGGAGCGCAGGAAGCUUGAGUGACACAGAUGCUUCGGACGAUUUCGAGCGAAUGGAUAUUGAUCGAUCAAAAUCCGAUCGGGGACCUGCCAGCGGUCAGGGGUCAAUUGGCGCAGGACACUCGACUCCUCAGUCCCCAGAAGAACAGGUCACAAGCUCCACCGAUGAUGAUUCAUCGCAAGAUCAACCUACCCAGCAGCCUCCGCGAGUGGUCCCAGGGGACGACACUGCCCCUCCUCAGCGUGUGCUUCCAUUUACCAAAAGGACCAGUGGCGUUACUCGGAGCACUGUUGCUGCUGCAGCCCAAGAUGAUUCGGGAGCAACUGGGGGUGAAACGGAUGAUGAUGAACUUUAG